UCUCUCUCCUUGUCUGUGUAGAACAAGGAACAAGGAAAAACAAAGAAUAAACUUUCAAAUUUCAAUACUCAAUUCACAGGUUCGUACAGCUAAGCAGCUAGGAAAGGGCUAGAAGGGCUCGAGUUCUUCUCUGCAUUAGAGGGGGCCGACUUGGGCUGGGAAUUGAAGGAUAUGAGUUCAAUAUUCACCACCCUAUUGUGCCAAAUAAGAAAUCAAAUUUCUAAAUAACCAUGACUACCACAAAUGUUACCCCUAUCUUACCACCCUCUCCUUUUACUAAAACAUCUCACCCUCAACAUUCAGUUGACAGACUCGCCUUCCUAAUUGACAGGUCUAAGUCAAUUAACCACCUUCUUGAAACCCACGCUGCUCUCCUCCGUCAUGGAUUCCACAAUCAUUCAAUCUUGAACUUCAAGCUUCAGCGCUCAUACGCAUCUCUUGGUCGCCUUGACUACUCUGUUGCCCUUUUUAAUCGCACCCACAAUCCCAAUGUUUACUUUUGGACUGCCCUCAUCAACGGUCAUGUCCAAUGUGGUCUUCAUGAUAACGCAAUCUUAUACUAUACCCAAAUGCUAACCCACGGUGUCCAACCCAAUUGUUUCACUUUCUCUUCACUUUUGAAAAGUUGUCCACUUGAACCAGGAAAGGCCCUCCAUUCCCAAGCCAUCAAGUUCGGGGUGGACUCUGAUUUGUAUGUGAGAACAGGUCUUGUCGAUGCUUAUGCGAGAGCAGGUGAUAUUUGGUCUGCACAAGAAUUGUUCAAUACUAUGCCUGAGAAGAGUUUGGUUUCUUUGACAACGAUGAUAACUUGCUAUGCCAAGUAUGGGGAGCUUGAUAAGGCCCUUGUGUUGUUUAAUGGAAUGGAGGAUAGAGAUGUAGUGUGUUGGAAUGUGAUGAUUGAUGGGUAUACUCAGCAUGGGAUGCCGAAUGAGGCUUUGUUGCUCUUCCGGAAAAUGUUGUCAGCUAAAGUUAAGCCAAAUGAAAUCACAGUACUGUCUGUGCUAUCUGCUUGUGGACAGCUUGGAGCACUGGACUCUGGUAGAUGGAUUCACACCUACAUGGAGAACAAUGGGAUUCAAGUAAAUGUUCGUGUAGCUACUGCCUUGAUCGACAUGUAUAGCAAAUGUGGUAAUUUGGAGGAUGCUCGCUUAGUUUUUGAUAGGAUUGACAGGAAGGAUGUUGUUGCUUGGAAUUCCAUGAUUGUUGGGUACGCAAUACAUGGAUGUAGCCAAGAUACUCUGCAAUUGUUUAAUGAAAUGUGUAGGACUGGAUACCGACCUACUGAUGUAACCUUCAUUGGCAUUUUGAGUGCCUGCAGUCAUGCUGGUUUAGUCAGCCAAGGACGGGAGUUUUUCAGUUCAAUGAAAGAUGAAUAUGGGAUUGAACCAAAGAUCGAACAUUAUGGGUGUAUGGUGAAUCUUCUCAGCCGAGCUGGGCAUUUAGAAGAAGCCUAUGCACUUGUCAAGAACAUGAAUAUUGAGGCUGAUCCGGUGCUGUGGGGAACCUUACUUGGGGCAUGUACACUGCAUGGUAACAUUGCUUUGGGGGAAGAGAUUGCGGAGUUUCUUGUUAGCCGGGAUCUUGCAAAUUCAGGAACAUACAUUCUUCUUUCUAAUAUAUAUGCAGCAGCUGGGAAUUGGGAGGGUGUAGCAAGGGUGAGGAGCUUGAUGAAGGACGGUGGGAUCCAGAAGGAGCCUGGUUGUAGCUCAAUUGAAGUGAAUAACAAGAUCCAUGAAUUCCUUGCUGGAGAUAGGAAACACCCAAAAAGCAAAGAAAUAUAUAUGAUGUUGGAUGAGAUAAAUGGUUGGCUCAAGGCCUAUGGCUACACCCCACAAACAGAUAUUGUAUUACAUGAUUUGGAGGAAAGACAGAAGGAGAAGUCUUUGGAAGUUCAUAGUGAGAAGCUUGCAAUUGCUUUUGGGUUGAUUAGUACUCAACCUGGAACCACCAUAAAAAUUGUAAAGAACCUUCGGGUGUGUGUGGAUUGUCAUGCUGUCACCAAGUUGAUUUCAAAGAUCACUGGAAGAAAGAUUGUAAUGAGGGACAGAAAUCGGUUUCACCAUUUUGAGAAUGGGUCUUGCUCUUGUGGCGAUUAUUGGUGAAUUGUAAAAAAGUCCAUGUUAAAGUCAGAAACACUACUUUUAAGCAUACCUUUGAUUCUGAUUGCUAAAUUAAAAACAUAUCUCGGUAUUAUUAGUAUUGGAUUCUGUAUAAAAUGCAUUAUUAGUUUCCGACAUAGGUUCAUGUAUUGUUAAUGGUAGAACAGGUUAUCAUUUACCAAACUUCCACUGCAGUAGAAUGGUUAACUAGCAGUCAAGUUGUCUACAGAGCAGUGCAUCACUACCUUUUCUUGUUUGCAUUUUUUCUUGUGUUCGUAUUUUGUUCCUUGUGAUUUUAGCACAAUUAUAUCUUGUAUAAAAAAAUGAAGCUAAUGCUAGUAUUUGCCAAUAUGAAAAUUCCCUUUACCAAAUAUAAUUAUAUAACACUUUUAUAA